UAUAGAAAGUUAAAGGUUAAAGUUAAACCCGAAAAGGUCAAUCUUAGAAAUUGAAGGGUUUUACUGGUGAGAAACGGCCGCUAAAGACUUAGAGAGAGAGAGAGAGAGAGAGAGAGAGAGAGAGAGAUUCGGAGAGAGAGAGAGAGAUUCGGGGAAUCUUGUUGGAGAGAAAUGGAUUUAGAAGGUGUCGAGAAUCAAGCCAAAGAUGAAUCUUCUUCAACAGAAAAAGAUGGUUCUUCUCCUAUUGUUGAGGAAUAUGGCCGCGAGAGAGAUCCCGUUCCUAAUACGAGUAACCAACCGAUCCGCCACGAGAUUGAGGAGGAGAUUAACCCUCCUCCUCCUUAUUCUUCCGAUUACUUGGUGGUACAAAGGUUUGAGAAACUGGAAGCUGUUAUUGAGAAUAUAAAAAAUCAAAGAUAUGCGGAUUACGAGACUCUUAGAGAUGCAAUUACUGAGAGGGUCGACAGUUUGGCAGUAGCACUGCAGCAGCUCACCGAGAGGUUUGAAGAACAGAUAGAUGCACUUGCGGAGAAGGUUGACAAUUUCUCACAAGAGCUUACUGAGAGGGUUGCCAAUUUGGCACAACAACUUACUGAGAGAGCUGACAAUCUGGAACAGCAGCUGAUUGAGAGAGUUGACGAUAAUGCUGAGAAUGCGAACGAGCAGAAUCUCUUGCUCGACAUUGCUUCUCUUGUCGACCAUGCAUCCAUUGCCGCCAUAUUACCACAUCUGCUGACGAGGAUCGAAGGUUUAGAGCUGAGGAGGACUACCCUUGGUAAUGAAGAGAUUUCUGCCAAAGAUCUUUGCAGGAGUGUGUACACACAGCUCAACAGUAGUUUAGUGGCCUUUCUGACAUUCAUUGCGGCCAUGUCCGCACUCACAUCGAGCGGAGUUCUUAAAGACUCGUUUUGGGCUUUGUAUGUGAUUUUGUUGCUCUUUCUGGUCGCCUACGUCACCCUAGCUGCCUUUGUUCACACAAUGGCACAGAACGAUUGCAGAACUUUUGAAUGGAAAUUAAUUGUAAUAGAGCGGAGCAGAUCAUCGUUGAUCAGUGACGUAGACCAACUUGAUGGAGUCUUGGGAGAAGUUAAUUCAAUUCACAAGAAUUUAAGGGGAACCAAUGCGGUAAAUGAUGAAGUCGGGCGACUCAAUACAGCGAAACUCGAUACGGCCAUAGAUAAAGUGUCGAUUUUGAAGAGUACACUUGAGCAUGGGCAAUUUAAGGAGGAUGUGGCCCGCUAUCUCGUAGUGUGUCUUGUGGUUUCGUUGGUGUGCUUGAUCGUUUUCCUCGGUUGGAUGUUCAUCAUCCAUUGGGAUGAUGCUCAAAAGAGGUUGCACGGAUUCACUCUUGGCCCAAUGAACGACGGCCUACACAUGCCUACUUAAGAUUUUCUUGAAGAUAUGGUAUGGGAUCCCAGUGAAGAUAUUUUUUGUGGGUGCAGGUUUUUUGUGAUGAAGAUUUAGGAAUUCCAUCUUUUUUUGUAAUGAAGGGAGCUAAUUAAAUUAAGAUUUAGGAAAAUGCACUUUCAUAUGUAUUAGACUAGUUCAUUUUGUAUGGAUUUGAAUGAUUUCUUUUUGGUAACUGGUGAUCCUUACUUGUCCAAAAUUAAUUGUCUGACAAAAAUUGGAUAUUGUAAUUCAUGUAUAUUUUUUACUUUGACUAAUUUAUGAUUGUUCAGUUUA